AUGAGUAUGCCAGAGAUGUUUGAAAAAAGUGUUUGUUUCAUUAACACUUUACCCAAAACUGAAGUAAUUUCUGUUGAGGACAAAUUGAAUUUAUAUAAAUAUUUUAAACAGAGUACUGUAGGUGCUUGCAAUAUUGGUGCUCCUAGCUUUUUUAAAUUUGAAGAGAGAAAAAAAUAUGAAGCAUGGAAAUCAAUUGAAAAAUUAAGUAAAGAAGAAGCACAAAAGAAAUAUGUACAACUUGUUGACGCAUUAUACCCUGGAUGGCAAAAAGAUUAA